AUGCAGAUGCAGAUGCAGAUGCAGAUGCAGAUACAUGGCGCAAAGGAAGUCCCAAGUGUUUGUCGUGGGAGUCGGAGUGAGAGUGAGCGGAAGGAGGAGAGAUUACAAUUGGACGUGGGCAUACAUUUGAAAGAGAUCGUGAAGGUGACAGAAAAACAAAACAAAAGGUGGAAUGAAUUUGUGUUGCCGCCGAGUCCGCUUGGAAGAUCGAACUACGAUGUUCUGGAUUCUGAAGAUGAUAUGUUUAUGAAUGAAUUGGAGGAUGGAUGUGAGAAGGAAAUUUAUAGUGAUUUCAAUAUUAUGUGUCCGACCAGCGAGGGAAAUGAUUAUGAGUAUAUGGAUACACUUGAUGGUCUUUCACCGGAGGAUAUGCAGGAGCAGCCACAGAGUCCGCCAGAGGGAGAGAAGAUUAUGGAAAUUUCGAAGGAGGACAGAUUGCAUGACAGCUAUUUUGUAUGUCUUGGGGGUUCGUAA